GAGUCACGUUAAUAGAGAUCCGUGUAAAAGUCAAGUAUAGAAAUACAUAUGUCUUCAGAGGACCAAGGCUAUUAUACAAAAUCGGUUUGCCAACGAAUUUGUUACACAUGGACACUCAAACUGAAUGCAAUUACUGACCUAAGGUCUAAACAUGUUUCAAGGCACUUUCCAGAUUAUAUGGAAAGUAUUGCCCAGUUUUAUUUAGAAGCAGUUUGGGAGGGAGAUUACACUUAUGGAAAUAUCAAUAUAUCCCUACGAACUGUUUGCAAAAGUGACUGUACAAAUAAAACCAAAUACGUCAACAUUAAUAUAUUAAAUCAUGAGAAAAAAAAAUCCGAACUUCUUAAAUUAUCUGAUGAUUGGAAAAUGAAUAUGGGAAGUAUUGCGAAAUAUACUCCGAAUGGCUAUUUUCCUAAUACACUUACAAUAAUCUGUGAGAUCUUUGUUAUAAGCCCCGUAGACAAGAUUAUGCCAAUCGAAGUUCCCAAAUGCAAAUUAUUCGAAGAUUUGGCUGCGUUGUUCGAUACAAAGAAAAACUCAGAUGUAACAAUUGUGACAAGGGACCAACAUGAGAUACCAGCCCACAAGGCCAUCCUAACAGCACGCAGCGAUGUCUUUGCGGCCAUGUUUAAGCAUCCAAUGGAGGAGAAUCGCAGGAAUUCUGUUACGAUAAACGACUUCGAUCACGACGUUCUAACGGAAAUGCUGCGUUUCAUAUACACGGGAGAGGCACCCAACUUGGCAGACAUGGUUGAGAAUCUGCUGGCAGCUGCUGAGAAGUACGGCCUGGACAGACUAAAGGCAAUGUGCUUGAAAUACUUAAGCGAUACGCUUUCCAUUGAAACAGCUGCCAUCACGUUAAAGUUAGCCGAUCUUUAUAAUGUGAAAGAUCUACAACUCAAUUCAGUUCAGUUUAUUAGAAAUCAUGCUGCAAGUGUAGCUAAUACGGCCAACUGGCAGAAUUUGAUUACAACAGAUAAAUAUUUAAUAUUAAAUGCAUUUUGUGAGCCAACAAUUUUGUUGCAAUUAAAUGACGGAUCCAAAAAUGAGACCUAAAUGUAAUCACAUGAAUUAACUUACAAAUUGAAAAAGCCUUUCCCUAUCUUAAAGAAAAGGGCUUUUUACUUGAAUCAAAUCUCAACAUUAUUCACAUCCAUAUGUUAUCAUACAAAUGUUCUAUAAUCAAUUUUGAAUAUCUUUAGUUAAACUUGAAAUGUUUAUUAUAUAUCAUUAUAUUGGAGUAAAAAUAAA